AAAUUCUGACACUUUCUCUCUCUCUUCAGAAUAAAAACCCUCUUUCUCUCUCCUCCUCGCCUUCUACAGUGCCUUUCUACUUUUUCUUCCCCCUGAGAUGAAAAAGACAGCGAAAAAUAAUGGCGGUUGUGCGUUGAUUGAUUGGAGCAAAGCGUCCUGACCCAUAAAGCAGAAGAAAAAAAAAAAACCCAAUUAAAAAUUAAAGGAAACAUUUGUAGCAGAGCAAAAACAGAGGAGUCAGAGAGAGAGAGAGAGAGAGAGAGAGAGAGAGAGAAAUUGGUAGAAUGGUAAAGCAAUAGUAGUACUACUACUAAUCUAUCUUUGCAAUUUCAUAGCCCAUCUAUCUAUUUAUCUACCACCACAGCAGAGCCUCAAAACAUUAGUUUUAGUACCUUACCACCACGACCACGACCUCCAUAACUUUCUAUCACUAGCUACUACUCGACCCAUUAGCCUUGGAUUUCCGUUAUUCAAAACAAACUUAAGAUACAUCCACCAAAUGGAGCUCGCAUGAUGUUGUUUUAAUUCUUUUUGGUUUUUGGGAUUUUGAUCGUUCUUCUUCCUCUUGCUUCCCUCGUUUCUGAAAAGUUCACCACUCACUCAGUGCGUAAUGGGUCCUAGUUGAUACCAGAAAUGAACAUGGGGGGAAGGUCGCUUUUCUUUGGUGUGCUUCUUCUACUUCUUUGAGAUCUGGGUUUUUUCCUUCUACUAAAUAUCUCAAACCUUUCAUGUUCUUCCUUCAAGAUCUGGUGGCUCCCUGGCGUUUGUGGAUCUUUAACUCUGUAGUAGUUUCAGUGCAAGAACUCAUUAAGAAUCAGUAAUUUGUGGGUCUGUAGGAGGAGGAGGAGUUGGCUUUUGGUGAAGCUUAAUCUGAGCUUUGUUUUGUAAUUGUAAAUUAAGAGAUUGAUAUAAUCUUGGAGGGAGUGUUAGUGCUGAUUUGAAGCUUCGGAUGAGGCGCCAAAUCACUGUGUUCUGUUGUGAAACCGGCUUCGGUUGAGGAUUCUAGAGUGGGCACCAAGUUUCUGAUACUGUACAGAUUGAAGCACGUUUAACUUGAAAUUACAAUGGCGCUUUAGUUUGGGGAGAGGAAUACUGUACUUGUGGAGUGAACAAGAGCCAGAUUCUUCUGGGUCGCGGAUGUGUUCACAUUAGCUAUUUAUUUAUCACUUCGAUUGAAGGAUAUUGUCAAGUUUCGGUAAGAAUGAGGCUCUCUGCGGGUGGUUUUAGUCCUCAGGCUCCGGAAGGCGAGAGAAGGGUCCUGAAUUCCGAGCUUUGGCAUGCGUGCGCUGGUCCUCUUGUUUCUCUGCCGGCUGUUGGCAGUCGUGUUGUUUAUUUUCCACAAGGCCACAGUGAGCAGGUUGCUGCAUCUACCAAUAGAGAGGUUGAUGCCCAGAUUCCGAAUUACCCAAGUUUGCCGCCGCAGCUCAUUUGUCAGCUUCACAACCUGACAAUGCAUGCAGAUGCCGAGACAGAUGAAGUAUAUGCUCAGAUGACUCUGCAACCCUUGAGUGCUCAAGAAUUAAAGGAAGCCUACCUUCCAGCUGAGUUGGGCACUCCAAGUAGGCAGCCAACGAAUUACUUUUGCAAAACUUUGACAGCAAGUGAUACCAGCACACAUGGAGGUUUCUCUGUUCCUCGCCGUGCUGCUGAAAAAGUAUUCCCUCCUUUGGACUUCUCUAUGCAGCCCCCAGCCCAAGAGCUGAUUGCGAGGGACUUGCAUGAUAAUGAGUGGAAAUUUAGACAUAUAUUUCGCGGCCAGCCUAAAAGACACCUUCUAACAACUGGAUGGAGUGUCUUCGUGAGUGCUAAAAGACUUGUUGCUGGCGACGCUGUACUUUUUAUCUGGAAUGAGAAGAACCAAUUACUCCUUGGAAUUAGGCGUGCUAGUCGACCACAAACGGUGAUGCCUUCAUCCGUGCUGUCAAGUGAUAGCAUGCAUCUAGGGCUUCUUGCUGCAGCAGCUCAUGCAGCAGCUACCAUCAGUCGGUUUACAAUAUUUUUUAACCCAAGGGCUAGCCCUUCAGAGUUUGUCAUACCACUGGCCAAAUAUGUGAAGGCAGUCUACCAUACUCGUGUUUCUGUUGGCAUGCGCUUUAGGAUGCUGUUUGAAACGGAAGAAUCAAGUGUUCGUCGCUACAUGGGCACAAUCACUGGCAUUAGUGACUUGGAUCCUGUAAGAUGGCAAAACUCACAUUGGCGCUCGGUCAAGGUUGGCUGGGAUGAGUCGACAGCUGGAGAGCGACAGCCGAGAGUGUCUUUGUGGGAAAUUGAACCACUAACAACGUUUCCAAUGUAUCCAUCACCGUUUCCACUUAGGCUGAAGCGACCCUGGCCAACUGGACUGCCUUCUUUUGGCAUCAAGGAUAGUGACCUUGGAAUGAAUUCUCCAUUCAUGUGGCUACGGGGAGAUAAUAGUGAUCGCGGCAUCCAGUGUCUAAACUUUCAGGGAGCUGGGGUCUCACCAUGGAUGCAGCCAAGGCUUGAUCCAUCCAUGAUGGGUAUGCAAUCUGACAUGUAUCAAGUCAUGGCUACUGCAGCUCUUCAGGAGAUGAGGGCAAUUGAUUAUUCCAAAAUAUCACCUGCAUCUGUUCUUCAAUUCCAGCAGCCCCAAAGCCUUCCUUGUCAGUCUUCUACCUUAAUGCAGCCUCAGAUGUUGCAUCAGUCUCAACCUCAGCAGGCGUUUCUACAAUCCGUACAAGAAAACCAGCAGCAUUCGCAGCCGCAGUCUCAAACUCAGUCGCAUCAUCUUCAGCCGCAAUUGCCCCAGCAAUCAUUCAAUAAUCAUUCACAGCAACAUCAACAGCAACCAAGGCAGACCCAACCACUCGAUCAUCAGCAGAUUCCUUCUUCUAUCCCUGCUAUAUCUCAGUUUGCUUCAUGUUCUCAAUCCCAGUCACCGUCCUUGCAAACUGUCCCUUCCCUUUGCCAACAACCAAGUUUUUCUGAUUCCAAUGGUAACCCUGCAACUAGUCCUACUGUUUCCCCAUUGCAUAGCCUUGCAGGUUCGUUUGUGCAAGAUGACUCUUCUCAGCUGCUUAACCUUCAAAGAGCACAUUCAGUAAUUCCUUCAGCUGGUUGGCCAUCAAAGAGAGCUGCUAUCGAUCCUCUCUGUACUGGAGCUUCUCAAUAUUUUCUACCUCAAGUUGAAAUGUUAGGAACACAACAGAGUAGUAUUUCUCAGAAUACUGUUGCAUUGCCACCCUUCCCUGGAAGGGAAUGUCCUAUUGAUGACAGAGAAGAGAGUUCUGAUCCUCAAAACCAUGUUUUAUUUGGUGUGAAUAUAGAUUCUUCAUCCCUUCUAAUGCAAAAUGGGAUGUCAACCCUUAGGGGAGUUUGCAAUGAUAGUGUUUCUACAACUCUACCUUUUUCUUCCAAUUAUAUGAGCACUGCUGGUACCAAUUUUCCUGUAAAUCCAACUAUGACAUCCUCGAAUUGCAUCGAUGAAUCGGGUCUCCUGCAGUCUCAUGAAAAUGUGGGCCAAGUAAACCCACCCAACGGAACCUUUGUCAAGGUUCACAAAUCGGGGACCUACAGUAGGUCGUUAGACAUAACCAAAUUCAACAGCUAUCCUGAGCUACGCAGCGAGCUUGCUCGCAUGUUUGGCUUAGAAGGCGAGUUGGAAGAUCCUUUGAGAUCAGGCUGGCAGCUUGUAUUUGUUGACCGGGAGAAUGACGUUCUUCUUCUUGGUGAUGGCCCGUGGCCGGAGUUUGUAAACAGUGUGUGGUGCAUCAAAAUACUUUCACCAGAAGAAGUUCAGGACAUGGGAAAACGAGGUUUAGAACUUCUGAACUCUGUGCCAAUUCAGAGGCUUUCCAACAGCACCUGCGACGACUAUGGCAGUCGACAGGACUCAAGAAAUUUGAUUUCAGGGAUAGCCUCUGUCGGGCCUCUUGACUACUGAGUGACUCACCUACCUGGUUACAACAUCAUCGUUCUCUCUUCUGUAAUAUUAGCAUUUUCUUUAUAUUCUUCAUAUGAGGUUGUGGAAAAAAAGCUACAGAAAUCUAGUUUAAACAUGCUUAUGCUCUAGUACUGUAAUUAGACAUUUUCUUUUUCUGUUCUGUACUAUCUUAUUACAUUGACAAUACACUAGUCCUAGGACAUCCAUAUUUUAUUCGAAGACGAAGACUUAAAGCUAAAUCAUCUUGUCUCUCUUUAAGCUGUAGAAAUGGAGUAAAUUUUAGCAGGAUUGACCAAAUUUCUUGUGAA